AUGGCUGCUGUAAAAAUUUGUUCUUUCUCUAACUGAAUGUUUUUUUUUUUUUUUUAUAUAAUUUACUUUUAUGGUGUUUGUGUGUUGUUUGGUUCUUUGCAACUCACCAUUUUUGUGAUCUUUGUCUGAUUAUCUUGUAGUUUUAUUUAUUUCUGUAGGAAAUAUUUGUUGGUGAUUUAUGUUUCCUUAUGUUGUUUUUGUUAAGAUUUUUUUUGGAAAAAUGACGAAGAAAAGAUAAAACUAGUUUUCCUUAUUGUUUUUUUUUUUUUUUUUUGUGGCUUAAUAGUCAAAUGAAAAAGUCUUUUUUUUUUUUUUUUCCUAUUGCAAGUUUUCAACUUCUUUUUUUAUUCUUGGGUAUGCCAUUCUACUUGGAAUUCUCCCUUCUUUUUUUUUUCAAGAAUAUUGACUUUUUUCUACUAUGGCUGGUGAAAAACAUUGUUCUUUAUGUUGUACCAUUUCUGGUUAAAAUUCAAGAUUGGUUGUAUAUUUUGAUUUUACUUGUAUGGUGUUUGUGUUUUUUUUUUUUUUUUGUUCUUUGCCACAUGCCAUUUUUGUGAUCUUUGUCUGAUUAUCUUAUUGUUAUUGCUUAUUUCUAUGAGAAAUUUUGUUCUGGUGAUUUUUUUAUGUGGGUUUAUUUAAAUUUUCCUCUUUUUUAGCUUUUCUUUCCAUUCAAUAAUGAAGAAAAGAUAAAACUUGUUUUCAAGAGUUUUUUAACUUAGCACCGAGAGUGUAGCUUAGUGGUCAAUUUAAGUGAUGUUGAGAACUAUGAGGCCUUAGGUUUAAAUUUUUGAGGUGGUUUCUUCUUAUCUGUCCAACAAGCCUUCGUGGAUAGUUACUUGGUACCUGUGGCAGGUACCAAUAAAAUUCAAGUUGUGCGCAAACUGUCCCGGACACCAUAUUUUUAAAAAAAGAUUUUUUUUUCCAAUUGCAAGUUUUCCAAGUUCUUUUUUUUUUUUUUUCCUUUUUGUUUAUUUCAAGAUAAGAUUGUUGAAUUUUAUUAUAUUGUGAAUUUUGGAUUUUUGGGUUAAGUUUUAGAACUUCUCUUAUAUUAUAUCUUGAGGCUCUAUUUUCAAGGCAACUUAUGAAAUAUUAUUUGCUUUUGAGGUUGCAUCUAUAUAAUCAUGCAUACUACUGGUGGAAAUCCUGUUGCAACAUUGUACACUACUCCUUGGUGGGGUAAUGGACUUGUGUCUCAAUCUGUGGGAUAUGUUGAGCCUUUUGGACAAUUGAAAUCUGCAUCUGUGGAGCAACAGCAGCCUAAGGGGAAUCCAACUGAGUUCACUAUUCUCUCUGUAUCUCCUUCAGGUAAAUGCAAAUCAUCAGCAAACGGGCAAAAUAUUUCGAACAGUCAGGCUAAUAACUCUGUUCACUUAGCUAAUAUGGACUACCGAGGUCACUUUGAGCUAGGAUUUGGUCAGCCCCUGAUUUCUGCAAAAUAUCCUUAUGGUGAGCAAUGCGUUGGGCUAUUUUCAGCUUACGGUCCUCAUCUUUCGGGCCGCAUUAUGCUACCGUUGAAUUUGGCAUCUGAUGAGGGUCCAAUAUUUGUAAAUGCCAAGCAGUAUCAUGGGAUACUGAGGCGUCGAAAGUUCCGGGCUAAGGAAAUGGAGAAAAAGGCUCUUAAACCACGCAAGCCAUACUUGCACCUCUCUCGCCAUCUCCAUGCUUUGCGCCGACCUAGGGGCUGUGGUGGCCGCUUCUUGAACACGAGGAACGUGAACGGAACUAUGAAGGGUGGAAAAACCACCGAUACAUUCAAGGCGGGUGACGUUCGAAAUUUUUACCCCACCGGGUCCCAAAACUCUGAAUUGCUGCAGUCUGACAGCAGCAAUAUGAGCUCACCAAAAGAAACAAAUGGCAGCAGGUUCUGCGAUUCGUCCGGGGUUACUAACAUGUGCUCUAGGGGAAAUCUUGAUCCUUUUUCGUUCCAGAACCUGAGGCCCCCUCAGGAUCCUCAGGUUCAGGCAAUACCAGACAUGAUAAAUACCGGACACGGUAUUUGCAUGGCCGGUAAGUGGUUUUGCACAGCAAAUAGCUGUUGCAACCUCAAAGUAUGAUAGCCUCGGCUUCCAUGCUGCAACCUAAUGCAUUUAGUUGCUUGCAAUGGCGGAUCAUCCUUGGCUAUCAUGGGCAGUUCAUCCUUGGCUUGGCAUUAACGCAGCUGCCUCUACUAUCUUUCUAUUGCUAACGAGCAACGUGGAUGGUAAGAGGCGCUAAAGCCUUAAUGCUACUUUAAUUUUCAGCACUUUGUAAGAUAAAUAAACUUGUUUUGGGUAAGAUGAUGAUGACCCUGUUGAUCGGGUCUGUGAUGUUGCAGUGUGUUUGGAUUCCUGUUGUAAUGUUGGUUUGUAAAAAUACAGUUAUGUGUGAUUGAACUUGAUCCAGAUAAUGUGCAAUUUGGGUGUGUUUUCAGACA